ACAUGCCUUGGGAAACCACAAAACACUAAUAUAAGUAAAACAACCGUCUGUACCCUGUAGGACGACAACAACAUUUCUGAACGUUUUGUUUACUCGAACCCCGAUCCUUUGAAGUUUAAAGUUAACGUUUUACGUUUCGCGAUUUAUUUACCCAUUUAAAACGUUGUAAUAGAUUAGCGUCAAGUCGUCAAUCGUUCGCAAACUGCAUAAAUUUCCAAGUUAUAAUGGCUGACGUUUUAGACUUGAACGCUGAAGAUUUCGUGGAGGAAGAUGAUGAAGGAGUCUCAAAACUUAAAGAUAAAGCCAGAAGAAGGAAAGGACGUGGAUUUGAUGACAGAUCUAAAAGAGAUGAUAUAAAAGAUGAAGACAUGGAAUUUGAUUCUGUUGAUCAAAAUGAUGAUGAUGGCCCUGGACCUCAAAGAUCGGUUGAAGGUUGGAUUUUGUUCAUUUCUUCUUUGCAUGAAGAAGCUCAAGAAGAUGAUUUACAUGAUAAAUUUGCUGAAUUCGGAAAAAUUAAAAAUCUUCAUUUAAACUUGGACCGUAGAACUGGAUUUUUAAAAGGUUAUGCAUUGGUUGAAUAUGAGUCAUAUAAGGAAGCAUCUAGAGCACGUGAAGGACUUAAUAAUACGGAUAUUUUAGGACAACAAAUAAGUGUAGAUUGGUGUUUUGUAAAAGGACCAAAAAGGAUUAAAAAAUCAAGACGUCGUAUGGCUAAUUAUUAGUCAAGUAAUUGAAAAUCAAGACAUGUAAAAAUACUUUCAAAUUAUUUAGUUUUUUUUUUUUUGUAAUACAUUUAAUAAUGCUAAAAACAAUUUUUUCAUGAC